AUGCAUACUAUUUGCCUUAGAAGCCCGAUCGAUGAAUCCUCUCCUCUUCCAUAUAAAUCAAUAAGGCAACCUCUAGAAAACGCCCAUUCCUGCCAAGCGCUUUGCAGCCUUAUGGCCGUACUCUGUGCAUCCGCUGCUCAUCGGCUCUCUGAAACCUUCCCUAUGCGUUUGGUAGUCGCGCGUGAAUAUGCUAAUUGGGGCGCCUUCCAACAUGCGUUUACGCGGCGCGCUGGAGCUUCUGUGGCGGCGACUUCUGCAUGGUUUGAUGCAGUUGCGGCUGGUACUGAAAAUGCACAUAUGCAGUCAGCUGAAUCAUGCAAUUAA